AUGGAUGACUUUAGAAGUGAAACCGUUUCUAUAAUUCACCAUGGUUGCAAAUUGGCUAGAGACCUGGAAUCAAACCUUCCCAACUUGGCAAACCAACCCGAAACCGUUUCGAAAUCAUUGGAAGAGAUCAUUAGGGUUUUUGGUGCAGCGAGGGAGAGGCUGCAGAGUAGUAGUGCUGCACAACAAGACCCGAUGAGUUCAUACGUUCAUGUAGCACAGCAGCAGCAGCGGUUCGAUGCGAGCUUGCAGGAAUGGCUGAGCAGGUGUAAUUACACACAGGCAAUGGAGGAUCAUUACAUCCAAACGCAGCGUUUCGCAGCCGAAAAGAGUAGUGCUGCGGAUUCAGGGGCUGAAGCACUUCUUCAAGGCCAAAUACAUCAUGCAAUGGAUCAUAUUGUAACAGUGAUUUCUCAUGAAAUGAAUGCUGCUUCGUCCUCACAAAGCAGACCACGAAGAAGGAGGGAUCAUGGGGAAAUUCGUAAAUUGACCGUGCCGGCACCUCGGAUCGGGAAUACUGAAAUCCCGCCGGAGGACGGCUUCACUUGGCGAAAAUACGGCCAGAAGGAGAUAAUGGGAUGCAGGUUCCCGAGGGGCUAUUAUAGGUGCACCCACCAAAAGUUAUACAAUUGCCCAGCCAAGAAGCAAGUUCAGAGGCUUGACAAUGAUCCCUUAACAUUUGAAGUAAUGUACAGAGGUGACCAUACAUGUCAUAUGUCGUCCACUGCACCCUCAGUUCUGCCAGCAUCUGAUGAUCAAAUUAAGCAAGAGACUAUGACCCAAACUCAUGCAGCAACCACUACUCAACCCUUAGGAACAUGGCUCUCCAUGGACUUCAACGCAGGAGGCGAAGGAAGCAGUGGUGGCGGCGGCCGUGGUGACGCUGAUGGUUUAGCUACGUCAACCACGACCACGACCACGCGUUAUGGUAAAGAUGUUGAGUUUCCGGUGGUGGAUUUGGCUGACGCAAUGUUUAAUUCAGGGAGUAGCAGCAGUAAUAGUAUGGAUUUUAUGUUCACUUCACCAAUGGACAAUAAAUAG